AUGUACCGGCAAAUUUCAGUGCAUGCAUCUCAGACGUGUCUGCAAAGGAUACUUUGGCGCGAGCAUUAUUCUGCUGAUAUUGAUACCUACGAGCUCCCCACCGUCACUUACGGUACGGCUUCUGCUUCAUUUCUGGCCACCAUGUGCCUAAGGUAUUUGGCUGAGCAACAUUCUGCUCAGUUUCCUCACGGAUCAGCCUGCGUCAUUCGAGACUUCUAUGUCGAUGACAUGCUCACCGGAGCAGACACAAUAGCCGAAUUAAAAUCAAUUCGCGAUGAAACAAUUCAUUUGCUAAAAUUGGGAGCUUUCGAACUCAGCAAAUGGGCGACCAAUUGCCCUGAUCUCUUAGGAGUAAGCAAUCAUGAAUGCAAGCCAAUCGCCAUUGACCACAACUCUGCGGACUCACGCAUUCUUGGCAUGCAAUGGAAUCAGUACCUGGACACCUUUCAAUUCCUGUGCAACACUGAGUCGGAACCUCAGAUUGUAUCUAAACGAAUCAUACUUUCCGACCAUGCUAAGUUAUUCGACCCUUUGGGCCUUCUAGGGCCAGUCAUCGUCGUCGCAAAACUCAUUCUCCAGGACUUAUGGCAAUUGUCCAUUCAAUGGGACGAAUCCGUUCCUCCGAAUAUUUGCACUCGUUGGGUCGCUUUCAAGGCGCAAUUAGGUGCGUUGAAUCAUCUGAAGAUUCCCCGAUACAUUAAGCCCGAUGCUCAUCAGUUCGUGCAGGUGCACGGAUUUUGUGACGCUAGUGAGCGCGCCUUCGGCGCUUAUAUAUAUAUCCGCACUCAAUUCGGUUGUAACGAGUAUCAUUCUGAAUUAUUAUGUUCGAAAUCUCGCGUCGCACCCCUCAAAGCAGUUUCGUUACCGCGGCUUGAGCUAUCGGCUGCUUUACUAUUAGCGCGUUUAAUCGCCAAGGUUAGAGAAUCGUUGGACAUUUCAAACUGCCAGACAUAUCUUUGGUCGGACUCAACCAUCGCGUUGAACUGGAUAACUUCCUCUUCACGGCGGUGGUCGGUGUUCGUAGCAAAUAGAGUAGGAGAGAUCCAGCGAUUGACCGACACCAAGCAUUGA